GUUUGUUGCUCUUGUUUUGUUGAUUUCUCGACUCUUAGCGUGUUUAGCUUUUAGCAGUUUGAAGGCUCAGGUUAGGAUGUAAACAUCUGUGGAUAUUAUUUUUCUUUCAUAUAUUUUCCUUAGUUCGGAUCCGAAAUAGUCUCUCUAAUGUCAUCUUACGAUGCCUCUGGCUCCUGCUAACCAGUCUCAGUUGAUCCGGUCCAGCCAGAAGGAUGAAUAUUAUCAGAACUUUCUGAGGAACAACGUUAACGAGGCUUUCCAGACUUAUGCAGGUGAGUGAAGCAGUUAAUAAAGUUCAGGAGAUUAACAUCAUUUUACAGAGAGUCAUUCGUUGAAAGGAAAACUGGUUCCAUGAAGACUUGGAUUACAAAAAAAAUAAAUAAAGAAAUAAGGAACAGCUGGAAUAUGACCUGGUAUAAGUUUUAAAAAAAACUGUAGUCCAUUUUAAUCCAACUUAGUCCUCUUAAUUUUAUAUCUUAUCCUCGUAUUAUCUUAUCUUAUUGAAAGGAUUGUUACCUGGCUUUCUAAUCAGCCACCCAGCUGUGUAGAAUAUACAGCUGUCAUUUAUUCUGUAGGGCUCGGGUAACAGGAGGGUCAACCUGAUGUAAAUAUAUUCAUUUGUGAAAUCUGUUUCUAAACCUGUAAAAAAUCAAUAAUAUAUGAGUCUAAUACUGAUAAUACUUUGUUAUUUACUAGGGGUGUCCCGAUAUUGAUAUCAGAUAUCAGUCCGAUAUCAGCAAAAAAUAUAUAUAUAUUUAUAUAUCGGAUUAUAUUGGCCUGCAUCUAAAAUCUCCGAUAUCAGCACUCCGAUACAAGCAGUCCAUUUCAGACUCCGCUCCGGUUCCUCUAUCUAGCAGCGCCCAGAUCCAGCAAACUGAGCCCACUCAAUCACAACAACAGUGUGUACUAAGGUUCUAACAAAGUAGCAAUGAGUAGGAGUGAUGUUGGCCUUGUGGCAGUAAUUUUUGUUUAAGUCCAAAAAAGACGUUGCAGCUGAGUGAAAAACUUGUCAUGCACAAUUUUGUGCCAAUUUCAGAUCAAUACCGGUAUUGAUCGAUAUUGAAGGCUAAAAUAUUGGUAUCAUAUCGGAAGUAAAAAAGUUGUAUCGAGACACCCCUAUUAUUAACCUACACUGUGCAAUCCUCUGUUUAACUGUAAAAGUAUUGUACUGUUAUACUGUCUAAUAUACUGUGCAGGAACCCACAGUUUAAUGCUGCAAACUCUUUUUACUUGUAAUAUUCUGCACUUGUACUAACUGUUGUAAUUUCUUAUUUAUCCUACUUUCAUCUUACCUCUAUUUGUCUUCCAUAAACAUUUGUAUUUCCAAGAGCAAAUGUAAUGGCAGAAUUUCCCCCAUGAUGAAUAAAGGAUUCUGAUUCUGAUUUGGAAUAACGGUGGAGUAACUGCGUGUUACUUCUCAAAAUCAAAACAAGCUGCUCAUCUCAGAAAGAAACACUCAGUUUGUUUGCCGAAAUCAAAAAGCAACUUUUGAAUCAAACUGUACUAUCUUGUCUAUGGAUGAAAUCUAACUCUUGUUUUUACCAUUUAAUUUACUGAUCUUUUCUCUCUGUAGGAUCUAAAAGAUGGCUGGACUGGAGGAGGGAGCUGGAGUUGCUGUCAGAUCUAGCGUACUACGGUUUAACAACUCUCUCAGGUAGACACCGACUCCCUGCAUGAAAUCCAAACUUAUGUAAGUUUGACUUGAUAUUUGACAGCUUCAUAUUUAUCCUGUCAAGGUUACCAAACUUUGGGAGAAGAGUAUGUCAACAUCGUCCAGGUGGAUCCCACUAAACGUCAGAUCCCCACCCGGGCCAGACGAGGCCUCUUCAUCCUCUGUCACGCUUUCUUACCAUACCUCCUGGAUAAGGUCCUGGUGUGUCUGGAAAAUGAGCUGGAGGGUGGGCUGGAGAGUCAGCGUGGUAUUAAUCGGCGGCAGGUGGCGUCUGGAUGGUGGAGUCUGGAGGUGUGGCUGAAGAGGUGGACGCAGCAGGCUGUUGGGAUGCUGUCAGAGCCGCAGAGGAAAGUGUGUCUGCCGGUCGUGUUUGUCCUUCAGCAGAGUCUGACCUUCCUGCACCGACUGCAUGUGGCUCUUUUCUACGUCAGCGGCUCGUUUUAUCACCUGUCCAAAAGGGCGGCAGGUAUCAGCUACGUAGGUGUUGAUUCAUGUGUUUUACCAAUACAAAUAAAUUCUCUGUCAACUUAUUGAUGUGUUGACAUUAACAAUCCCGACCGCAAGAAAAUAUUCAAGAAAACUACUGGAGAUGUAAGAAUAAAUGAUGUGAACAGCUGCGGCUUAUUUGUUUCUGUCACUUUUCUCCCACAGAGGAUGUCAGCUUCUUACAUGAAAAGACCAAGUAGCGCUGUACUUUCUGACAUUGAUUUAUUGUGUGUGUUUUUCUUGUGUUUAGCUGCGUGUGAUGGGGCUGAACGGCGAUGACGGGACCAUCAGGAGCAGCUACAGGCUGCUUGGGGCUGCCUCCCUCCUUCAGCUGCUCAUCACUGUGUGUCUGCAGCUCAACAACUUCAGACAGAGACAGAGAGCCAGGCAGGAGUGGAAGCUCUACAGGAACCUAAGGUAGAUCAGGUGGAAGAACUCAAACUUGAAAGGUUGAAGGUCUCCACAUAAAAUCCACCAGCCUCUCUAUCAUGUCAUAAAGAUAAAUGUAUGCGUUUUAGUACUUGGGCUCUAGUUACACUUGAGUUGUGCAAAGAGCCUGUCACUGACAAAGAUAUGAAUUUUUCGUGCACAGACUCAUCAUACAUUUUAUCACAGCCGUUUCACAGCUGCUGCCUAAAGCAAACUACAGGAGCAACCUUCUCCAAGUGUAAGAUUCAAAUAACUAAUCCUAGUUCUACUGUCAGUUACAUAACUGGCCUGAUGGACCUGACCUACAAGAAGUACAAGGCGCUGAGCAAUGCAAGCUUUGCAGUUAGAAAUCAACAUGAAAGAGAGGUUUGACUUUGAGCUGAACUCUUUGAACUGUCUGUUUCUAGUCCUCAGAGGACACUGAGCCCCGGAUCCAGAGCUGCUCGCUGUAUCCUCUGUCUGGAGGAGAGGAGACACUCCACCUCCACCCCCUGCGGACACCUCUUCUGCUGGGAGUGCAUCACUGAGUGGUGCAACACCAAGGUCAGAUUGCUAGCACAGCUCGCUAUAACUUUAAAAAGCUGCAAAGAAAAGUUUACUCUCAAUAACUGAUAACCAUUUAAGUCAUUUCCAAACAUAACAGUCCAAAGUUCUGUGAUUCCUGUUUCUCGAUGAGGGGACUUUAACCUUUUAUUUCUUUAGGUUAAAUCUUUAGGUUUCGGAUAAUAUCAGAAAUUCAGAGUUUUCACUUAAGUGACAUAUGGUAUAAUAAGGUUAGAGAUUAAUCAUAAGUAAUAAAAUAAUCCUAACCUUUGCCACGUAAUCAGGUGGAUAUUUUUCAUAAUAAAACAGGGUUAUUUGAGGGUUCUUUCACGGUUCUCUGCAGGCACCUCAGCGAAAUAUUCCUCCAAACUCGUUUUACAGCAAGCUAAGCAAAGUCUUAAAUAUUUAAUGUUGUUGUGAGUUAUUCGAAAUUAAAAACCUCUCAGUGUCAGAUCUGUUCAGUCACACAAAUGUUUCUCAUUGUGGGACUCAGAGUUGACAUUUAGUGGAUGUUGAACCACAUUUCACUUGUUUUUCAGAGAAACACUGCAGAAAACAUAAGGAAUACAACAGUCCUACUAAUCUGAUCCUGGUGGAUAUUGAGGUUUAUGGAGGCUUCAUACAGACUGUCUGCAUCUGGACCUUCAGUCUUUUGAUUGCCUAGUGGUUAAGAAUAAGACGUGUUAGGCAGUCAGAAGGCUCCAGCUGUAUUUACAUUUUGCAUUUUUUGCUGCUUUUCUCAGCGAACAGGGGGAUUACAACUUUAUUCUUAGCUUUGUGUGACUUUAGUUACUUAAAUAUUGAAGAAGAGUCUAUUUACAUGUGGAUUUGAGAGGUUACUAUUGAGCUAAUCUAGUAAGGUGUCAUUGAACUUGGAUUAGCGUAGUUUAGCAUGAUUCAGUUCAGAAAACUCCUUAUUUCUCUCACACUGGUGUCUGUGAAAACCCUCAUGUAAGCAUUAUUCAGUCUCUAGCUGAAAUGCUGUUGGCUGCUUUUCCACAGGGGAAAGUUAGACACAGCUUGUGGGUGUUACAUUUACACAGCUUUGUAGUCACAAAGCAAGGUGAGAGUUAUACCUUUACAGAAAAUGUCUACAGUCAGCCAUUAGCACCAACAUUAGCCACAUUAGCAUACGUUUGCUAUUUUUUUAGGCCAGGGGUCCCCAAACAUUCCUGCUAUACUCUGUCAGUCAUUUCAAGUAUUCAAAUAAAAACUCUUUCAUCUCAUGUCUGUCAAACCAGUUUUUGACAUAUAUGGCUGAGCUGCUGCUUCAGUGUCAGUGCAAUUUUAAAGAUUAAAAAGAAACCUUUCACACAGCGUUUGAGGUCAUUUUGCUAAAGAGAGCAAAUUAAUUUUUUUUAAACUAGGUUUUGUCACAUUGACAGGUCACUAAAUCAGUCUGUCUAUUCUCCCUACAGACCCUGAAUGUGAUUUAUAAUAACUGUUGGAGUAGGGUGAGGUUUCUUGCACUAAGCAGUUCUGAGUGAAGUUUGUUUGAAAAAAAAACAGGGUGUCUGUUUGCAGCAUUCACCAAGUUUCCUGUGAACAAACUCCACUAAUUUAUCAGUGUUACCAUGGUGUCACAGUGUUUUAAUUUAUUUAGUCUCACACUGUCAGCUAGCAGUGUUUUCAGACAAAACGCAUGCACGUAUGUCCUUAUUUACACCACACUAACUGUGAACUCAAGACUUUGUCAAUGUAGUCUAUCUGGCAAUGUAGACUUUGUCAUAUUUCCGUGACGUGUUUUCAGCUGAUUAUCAUCUUGUGUUUAUUUGUUUCAGGAGAUUGAGUUUCUUUUCCCCGUCCCUGUCAGAUACCUCCGUUGUGUGCUCUGUUUUUACUGUGUCCAAUUUUAAUCAAUCUGCUGUGAAAGGCAAAAGUUUAGUGUCACAUUUUACCUGGACACUCCCACUAUGUUAAAGUAACCUGCUCAUACGUGUGUUUCUGUUUAUUCCUCACAGGCCGAGUGUCCUCUGUGCCGGGAGAAGUUCCAGCCUCACAGACUGGUUUACCUCAGGAACUAUAGAUAGACCUCUAGUUUGAUACCACACACACACUCACUCUCACACUGCUGCAGACUGUGGCGUGUUUUCAGAACUCGUGCAGACAUUAUGCUUCUCAGGAAGAUGUGAAGACAAAUAAUGUCUGAUUAUUAUCGCUUAUCUUCUGUUCAUUUUCCUGUUUGAUUAACUCUGAGGACAAGUUGACUCAGGCUUUAAUUUUGAUUGUGUCAAUCAGAUUUUGUAAAUAUUGAGUUUGAUUGAAGUGUAACACGUGCUAAUAAAAGGAAUGAACAUUCAGAUAUGUGUCUGUUUUGUGUUAAAGCAGCCUGACAGAUUUUAAAGGAAGCUUUUGUUCAGUAUUCAGACGAGUGUACAUUUUAAAUAGUCAUUUCACAAAGAUUCAGGUUUGGGCUCAAAAUUCACUUAUCCACCCUCUGGGCUCAACCCUUCAUAUCUUAAUCUGCUUAAAGCGAAGACUGUGGCAGUUUGACGCAUCCAUUGUUUUUCAUUAGUUUAGACAUUGCUGUGUUGAAACGUCUUACUCAGAAUGUCAGAAAGCUUUUUCUUCUUCUGUUUUUUAUUGUUUGUUUUCCGGCCGUUUAGUAAAGACACAAAGCAGGGGUGAAAACAGGAGCUGGCACCACGCUCACAUUUUAUCAGGCGUUUGUUGAUGCUGCUCUCUGGUGAUAUAUGAAGAUGUCAGGAUAAAUCACUGAGUCUAUAAUUAAAGGCUUUUAAACUUCCUAAAAGACCACAGCUCUACAAAAGGCUGCUGUUUGGAUGUCUCUGUCUCUGCCUCUGCUGAUUGGCUGUAAAUAAACCUUUGAGACGCCGCUGCUGUCAGUGUUUGUUAUCAGGAAUGUAAAGAGCUGGAAGUGAGCCGACAUGUUUCAAACCUCUGCUUGUUUAGUGAAGUUUUAUCCGGGUGAAAAGUUUUCAUUCUUCCUGUCAGUAAGAUUACCAGACAGAUAAUAUCUGCACUCACUCUUGGCUCGGGGCUGAGAGCCAUAAAUCUUUUCACCUCCAUCACUAAGGCUGCAUUUUAAGACUACUAGAAUUCUCUGGGUCUGUUCAUUUACCUGUUAAGCUUUUAUCUUUGAGACAAAGACAUCUGUACAUGUUCACUUUUGAGCAGCACACAGUCAGGUUGAUUUUCAGCUACAGGAACUGCUCAACUACUUCUGAUUGACGGGAUGAUGAAUGCAGCAAAGUACAAGGAGACCCUUGAUGAAAAACCUGAUACAAAGCACUUCGGACCACAGAUUGGACCAGGACCAAAACCCUGAGCACACAGCAAAAAUGACAAAGGAUUGGUUUCAUGGACAAGUUUGGGGAUAUUCCCGAGUGGCACUCGACUUCUAUAUUUAGCAUCACCGGGAAGUCCCAAAAUUAGCAGUGUAACCCUCCAACCCGACAGAGAUGACAAGGAUCUGCAGAUCCUUCUUGAUUCUAAGACCAGCAUCAUUUGGAAUCUGAAGGAUUUAUUAAAUUGUGAAGAUAUUAAACAUCUUCCAAGGAGAUUUUGUGAAUUUUAUUGCAUUUCCAACAGUUUUCUGGUUGUGGUGUAAGUAUAGAUGUAAAACUGCUGCUCACCUGAACAGUCACACACAGGUGUUUUUAAAACCUAUUCUGCUGUUGGUUUUGUGGUUUUUCUAACUGUAUUUGCUUGUUUAUGCUUAAUAUUAGGUAAAACUGUGGUGUGGUUAAACUGCAUGAAUCUGAAGGAGACUUUGUGAAAGUCUAAUAAGUCCCUGCAGAGGCCACAUACUGCAGACUCUGCUGCAGACAGGCAGCCGCUCUAAACAGGAACUUCAGCUCUCGAAACUCACCAAGUUAAUGACUUUCGAGAGCUUUUUCUCAGCCCAUACUAACAGCCACAAUGAAAAAGUGUUUACAUCCAAACAUUUAGCCCUAGCACCCUCUGUGGAUGACUCUCUGCCAUUGACAGUCAGCCAGCUUUCACUCACACACACACACACACACACACACACACACACACACACACACACACACACACACACACACACACACACACACUGCUGUCAUUUUGGAUAAUCGGGGUUUUCUCCAUGGAGGAAACGUCUGUCAUGGUUAGCUGCCUGGAUAGAUAUCUAUAAGAAAGGCUAGAUGACGCGAGGCGGAGUCACCAGCGUCCCUACACGGCGGCCGUCUUACUCCAGUAUACCAUUCUGGUAUGCUCUAUGGUAGCUGUCGGCAGAGCCGGAUUAACCAUGAGGCAUAGUGAGGCUGAAGCCUCAGGGCGUUUGGCUAUGGGGGGCCACUCAGCCCGAGCAGAAGCCGCUAUGACGCUGAUGAGCUGCGCCCGGUGUGAGGAGGAUUAGGCUGUAUUGGGACAGAGGAAAAAGUGCCUAGAAAGUGAAUCUCGUUCCACUUCAGUGGGACAACAUAAACUGUGAUUCAUAAAAUAGCUCUAUUGAUAGUUAGUACUAAAAAAAAAUAUCUACUCAUGCCAUCCAGUCGAUUUUUAGUAAUCAGUGUUUCGGUAUCGAACUAUUUCCUUUCUGCGGCGCAGUGAUACUUGCACACGCGCAAUCGAAUAUGCAGAGGGGUGAAGCGAUUUUUGUCACGUGGACCAAUAGGAGCCGAGUCUCGUUGCCAUAGUAUCAGAAAUACACAAACAUGGCGACGAGCGCGUCUACCAGCGAGACAAGCGAGGAGGAAGAAAAGAAAAGGAACAAAAGAAAACAGCCUUCAAAAGUGCAUCAAAAAGGAACGAAACGAUGCUAUAUGCAUCUAUCAUCUGUCCAGAGUGAAGACGUUCUCGACUUUACGAGGACACGUUGGGAAACUUACAGAACUAGUAUUAGAAAGUGGCUUUCUCUACAGGGUGAGACAAAAGACCAGCCAGAAAUGUACAUAUGUGUGAGUAACACAAAAAACGAUUAUAUGGUACUGCUGUUUUUGCUUGUAGAAACUGCUAUGUUGAUUCUGGCAAAACAAAAUCUUUCUCAAAUGUCAUAAAUACAUCUACCUAACAUCUGAAACAGUUAUUGGUGCCUUAGAAUACGCAUAAGUGAAUUCAGAUUAUGAAAUGUAGCAAAUUUCUUGAAGAAAACGUCUCAACUCAAGUGAUUUGCACCCAGCACAAUGAAAUAUAUACAGUAUAUUUAGCUAAAAGCUUAUGUUUCAUACAUAAAAAUGACACAACCUACUGUGUAAUAAAAGCAAUAAAAUAUAAACAGCACAUCAUGGCCCUAAAUGGCUGAAAGUCAGUCAAAUUGCUACCACGCUCCCCAAAAUUGGAAUAAUGGAAAAAAUGUAACAAGACAAAAAUAAAUGCACAAAAGGACUGAAUUAAUUCAAAAUAUAGUAUAAAACAUUUAUUCAAGAAUCACAGUGUCAAAACCUCUGACAUUUAUCAGUCCCUACAGAAUACGAAAAUAAAGAUCAAAACACAAACGCAGACAAAUGUAGAACAAAUAUAAAAAUAAUAAAAAUCUCAGUGUAGCAAUCCUUUAAAAAACAAAUUGUAUAACCAUAAUAGGGCCUUCAUAUCACGCCUUGCACUUUUAUUUAUAAUGCUUGCUAUAUACUUAUAAUUUAAAAUGCCUGAGGUUUUCUACAGUAAAAAAGUGAACUGUACACCAGCCUCUGUGCUUUCCUUGAAGACUUUUUCACUACCUCUUGUUGAAUUGAGUUCAGACACACAGUUGUUUUAACCCAGUGGUUUGGCUAGAGGUGGUGGCUAGUGGAACCAUUGAAUAACCACCCAUAACUGCAGUAAUUUCCACAAAAUGACCAAUAAAAACUGCCAAUUUUUUGCGCGCGCGGGACAGAGGGGGGCCAUUAGGUUUGCUUAGCCUCAGGGGCCACAGAAGGUUUAAUCCGGGCCUGGCUGUCGGAAAGUGAGUAAUCUGCAUGGUCAAAACUACUCUUAACUCGCUGAAAUCUUGACAGGUUUACAAAUGGUUUUGUUUAUCACACACUUUAAUAACGUGGCUAUGAGUCGGGAUGGUUGGAAAUAUUGAAAUGGCAGCAUUUCUUUGAGGAAAAGAAA